AGUUUUCAUUUCAGCCGAAGAGGAAACGGCGGUGGUUCGGUUCGUCAUUAGGCUGAUCCGAAACUACUCGUCCCCUCUCGGCGUCGACACGCGGACACAGGCGCACUUUCCCCGGCUCCCCUCCCCCCGAAGUCCGGGAUGUCUUUCCUGGCCAAGGCGAAUCCCGGCCGGCUUCUGUUGGACGACAGCGUCGCGCUGACGGCGGCGAUCGAAGCCAGUCAGAAGCUCCAGUCCCACACGGAGUACAUCAUCCGAGUGCAGAGGGGCGUGUCCUCGGAGAACAGUUGGCAGGUCAUCCGGCGCUACAGUGACUUUGACGUUCUCAACAACAGCCUGAUGGUGUGCGGCGUCAGCCUUCCUCUGCCGCCCAAGAAGCUGAUCGGCAACAUGGACCGCGAGUUCGUCGCCGAGAGGCAGCGCGGCCUGCAGGCCUAUCUGGACGCCGUUACCCAGCAUCCUUUGCUGUGUGUCGCCCUGCCCGUCAUGAAGUUCCUGGACCCCAACAACUACGCUGUCAACUACACAGAGAUCGCCCUGCAGCAGGUCUCCAUGUUCUUCCGCUCGGACCCCAAGUGGGAGGUGGUGGAGCCCCUCCGAGACGUCGGCUGGAGGAUCAGGAAGAAGUAUUUCCUGGUGAAAAACAAAGAACAAGCCAAGGAGAGCUACCUGCUCAGCUGGGUGGACUUGGGCCCUGACAAGUUCCUGUCUGCCAAAGACCUGCAGUCGACCAUGAAGCUCCUCGCCGGCCUCUCCAGUCCGUACGUGUGCCCGCUUUUGUUCUCCAGCACCGGUGAGUCUUCGGCGCUCCUCAUCCGACCUUUCGGAGAGGCGGGCUCCCUGCGAGACCACCUCUGUAAGGCGAACCCCAGAGAGAACUUCCUGAAGAAGUACGGCAACCCCAAGAAGUGUCGGCCUCUUGAACUGUCGCACAUCAAACUCUACGGCCGACAGAUACUGGAGGGCCUCCGACUCCUCCACGAGAGCGGCCUAUUUUUCGGCCACCUGCACGCGUCCAACGUGAUGCUGGAUGAGGGCGCGUGCCGCCUGACGGACGUGGAGAACGGCAUGCUGGGAGUUCCCUCGGCCCUACGACCCGCCGUCACCCGCUUCAGGAAGAUUAACACGACCGAAAGCGUGGACGUCUUCUGCUUCGGCCAUUUACUUUACGAGAUCACUUACGGCCGACCGCCUGGCGGCGUCCCCGUGGACACGUAUCCCGACGCCCCCUCCGCGGCCGUGGUGUCGGUGCUGCGGUCCAUCUUGUCCACGGAGGCCUGCAAGUCGCGGAUGCCCACGGUGUCGCAACUCAUUCAGACACCGCUGUUCAGUGACGUGGCUCUGCAGCACUCUGAGAAAGUGCCGAUCAGGGUGCCCAGCAGGCUGAAGGAAGCGCUGAGAGCGGCCAAGGAGCGUGUGGAGAAACGACUGCAGGAGGAGCAGAAAAUGCUGCACCAGCACAGGAGGCUGACCAGAGCGCAGUCUCAUCACGGCUCCGAGGAGGAGAGGAAGAGGAGGAAGAUUCUCGCCAGGAAGAAGUGCAGGCAGUCGACGUGUGAAAACGAAGAUGACUCUGUUUCCGUCCGAAACAACAACAAUUCUGGCUCGGGCGCCAGUUCCCCUCCCACGUGCCCCUCGUCCCCCACGCCUCCGCCCACCGCAGGUGGUCCUCCUCCUCCUCCUCCUCCUCCUCCUCCUCCGCCGCCUCCCACGCUGGACUCCUCCUCCACGUGCUCCUCGGCUUCCAGCUGCUCGUCGUCGGCCGCCCCGCUCCCCGCAGGUCGCGCCGCCUUGCUGAGCUCCAUCCAGGCCUUCAGCAAAGGCAAACUGAAGAAGGCCCGGACCGUAGACCGCAGCCGGCCCGUCUUCUGACCGCCGCCCGCCGUCCUGCGUCGCUCCCUCACAUGUGAAGACAAAUCCCGAACAAAACAAUCCAAAUGUUUAGUUGACAUUCCUACUCGGGGCUUGUUUUUUGUACAUUUGGUGUCGAUUGGGAACGGAACCGAAACAAGCUCCCAGCGAAUGCUGGAAAACCGAAUGCUGACCUUGUGCGGUGAAGAUAACAUCCAGCUGCUUUCUUCCGGAUUGUUCUUGAUCCAAACAUCUGUUGUUAUGGCGACUUCCGGAUUCCCAGCCUGGAACUGGAACAUCAUCUUCCUUCUGACCGAGGCGUAUUAUCCACGGGAAGCGUUCUAAGUUCUAAUUCGAAGUCGUUGGUCUGUUUCAAAAGAAUAUUUUCUGGAAAGAAAAUCUGCAGUUUUGGGGUGAAAUAACAAAAAAACCUAAAGAAAGAUCUGGAAACAAUUUGAGGAAAUCAUUAAAAUGUUACAUUUUUAUAUUAAGCGCAUCUCCAUUUAAAAAUAAAUAAAUAAAUAAAUAAAAAAGUUUUGGAAAAUGUCCAAUGAAAGGAUGUAUAUCCAAUUAUUUUUUUAACCCAAAAAACAACCCCCCCCACCUGUAUUUUGAAAAAUAAGAGAAAAUGUUGGAGAGGAGCUGGAUGUUUUUGUUGGUCUAAAAAGAAACUUUAAACAUGGGAAGAACAUUGUCCUAAUGAUUUGUGGAUAGAAGAUACAUUUUAUUUCCUUAUACAACGCGGAAAUGUCCAAUUAAGUGUUUUUCUUUUUUCUUUUUUUUUUUUCACCCCAAGAAAAAAAAUAAAAUAAUGAAUUUUCUUUUGGUUUUAAAAAAAAAAAAAAAAAAUUUAUUUUUUUAAAAUUUUGGAUCAACCUAAAAAUGUCGCCAUGCUAUUUUUGUGUGAGAUAGUUGAGCAAAUCUAUGGACAAAGUGACCUUUUUAUGUAGCAACUACAUUCAUUCAAUCGUUUUUUUUUUUUUUUUUUCCUUCUCUCCAUCUUAACAAAUCCAAUGACAAGCCCGCCUUUUUGUUAGAAACUGCAAAACAAGCACAAAGAGUUCAUUUUGGCUCCAAAGAAGGAAAAGUCAACAGCUGGAGAUGCAUGUUUUUUUUUUUUUUUUUUUCCCCCAUAUAGCAUUUAUAUAUUUGUUCAAGCCAUUUAAGAGCGGGUAAAUGACAAUUUUAAUGAGGAUCGCUUUCAGACUUAUACGCUUUGUUUUUAUUGUUCAUUAAACUGCCCAACGACUCAUGUCAUGUUAAAACGUUUGCGCCAUCCAAGCUUAUACUCUACUUUUAUUGCGCCAUAUAUAUGAUAUGAUCCUUGUGCCUGUAGAUGAAUGUGUUCAGGAUUACAGAUUGGGUUUUGGAUAGCAUUUGAAUGUUUGUGGUUCGUUUAUGCGGCCUGUUGCAAAACUUAAAUUGUGGCCGAAUGUUCCUCCGCAGCACUUUACCCCCCCCCCCCGAGGCAAAUUUUGUGAUGUCAAUAUAAACAAUAAAUAAAGUCCCAGUUA